AACAAACCGAUAAGUAAACCGGUUCAGAAAAUAAACCGUAAACUGGAUUUAGUCUGACCCCAAAAAAAAUCCCCGAUCCGAAUCUACCAAAUCUCCGCCUCUUCCGUUGCAGUUCCCAAGGCAGAGAGAGACGAAACAGUUAGAGAGAAGUUGAGAGAGAGAGAGAGAGAGAGUGCUUCCAUGGAAUCCGAACCCGCGGUUGGUGUCUCUGCAUCAGCACCACCACCACCAGCCACCGAUGAUCUCCAAUCGAGCAACGCAUCGUCUCCAGCCGACGCCGCCGCGCGUUUGAUCCACGCCGUGGAGCAGCGCCAACAGCAUCUUCUCGACAAGACGGUGCCUCACGUUCUCUACCGAUGGAUCGCCUGCCUCGUCGUCGUGUUGAUCUACUUCGUUCGCGUCUACUUGGUGGAAGGCUUCUACAUCAUCACCUACGCAAUCGGAAUCUACCUUCUGAACCUCAUCAUCGCCUUCCUCUCCCCUCAAGAAGAUCCCGAGGCUUCGCUCAGCGGCGGGACGCUUCCUACUCGUAGAUCGGAUGAGUAUCGACCGUUCGUUCGCCGUCUCCCCGAGUUCAAAUUCUGGUUAUCGAUCAUUAGGGCAUUUGUCAUCGGUUUUAUGAUGACGUUCUUUGAGGUCUUUGACGUACCUGUUUUCUGGCCAAUACUUCUUUUCUACUGGGUGAUGCUUUUUAUCCUCACCAUGAGGAAACAGAUACAGCAUAUGAUCAAAUACAGAUAUGUUCCUUUCUCUUUCGGCAAACAGAAAUAUGGAAAGAAACCUGCUCCAGCAGAGAGCAGUGAAUGAUCAAAUCAACCGUUCUGUUCAGCAGGUCUUUUCUUUUCUUUUGAUUGCCUGAAACUUUGUUAGGGAUGAAAUAGAAGAAACAAUCAAGCAGGUAGACCCUCGUAGCCUGUCUCAGACAAGUGUUUUUUUUACUCUUUUAUCACCCUGACUAUGUACUGGUUUCACCCGAAGACAAUGUAUCUUAUUAUUCCAGUUUUUUGUCAGUGAGAAUAAUGUUUUUUGUA